CAUCAAACUUGCUGCUGCUGCGAUUCAUACGAUGAAUACCACCAACCUCCGAGACGCGUUAACCACCCUCGGCAUUUCGGCCGCCACCCCCGGUGUCCGAGGCGACGACAGACGGGCGAUUCUCUUAGCGCGGUAUGAGGAAGCAACGGGCACCACAACAUCGCAAGUGAUGGGUAAAGCCCCUUCAACAAAUCAAAGUGUUGCGGGCGCGGACGCGAUGAACAUGGCCGACUUGCGGCGGGAACUGGAGCAAGUCGGAAUCAGCACGAACACCCCGGGGUUACGUGGAGACGAGCGUCGAGCGGAAUUGAUUCUGCGGCUGCAACAGCAUCGCACAGGUGGAACUAGCCUCGCUGGUAGCGUGCCGCGUGGAAAGGCAUCCGAUGCUUGGCAAUGUUCAAAGCCAGCUGAAAACGAAGACAACCAAGUAUCACCCACGACGAACGACCGAUCGCAACCACGAGUGGCCCCCCGCUCGGGGAAACUAGCAGAUAGCACGGGCGACGACGAAGACCAAGUCGGCGUUUCCACAUCACCGAUGAAGCGGAGCCAGCAGCAAAAGUCCCAAGCCAGUCGAAUUAAGGCUGAGAUUCAGUCGAUUCAAAAGGCCAGGUCGUCCGCCAUUGCCGCAGCGUUGGGCCAAGACACGGUGGCCUUUUACACGCAAAAGCUGCUGGAUAUUGACCACCACAAGACAGAGGGAGGUGAUACGAUCACAAGGGCUGCGAUGGACGAGCUGUUGGCGCUCGAGACUGAAAUGCACGAGAAACUGAACGCAGCCAAUGACAAGGAGCUGCGCGUUCGCGAGUUGGAACGCUUGCAUCCUGACCACGGCGUCCACGUCGAGCACGAGAAAAUGCAAAUGUUGCGAGGUCUACAAGACGACAUCGCUCGCCAGGGGCUGCAGGGGUUCAAAGAUCUUGUUCGCAUCGCAAGUCAAGACGACCAACCGACGCCACAGCAUCUUUCAAAACCCCCUCCGUCCCCCGGGAAGUCGGCCAAAGCAGCUCACACCCGAGUGAACCCGCUGCUGGGGGCCACGAUGACGACCUUGGACGACUUGCGACGGCAGACGCUGCCGCCGGCGGUACUACCCGCGACGCAACGGACCUUUGAUCCGCUGGAGUACAGGGAUCGUGUAGCCACCUUUCACGGCGCGUCCGUUGUUCCAACCGCGCCAGAAUCGCAAACCCGCGCCGAUAAACUCGGUCGCAAAGCGUUUUUCCUCCACAAAAUCAAAGGCGAUUUCGUCCAAGCCGAAGCUGCGUACACGCAGGCCAUCGACGCCAACCCAACUCACGGGGUGAACUUGGGGCACUUUGCUCUGUUCCUGGACCACGUCGUCCAUCGAGUCGACGACGCCGAAGAGUUUUACCUCCGCGCCAUCGACGCCACGGCCGACAACGCGCUGCAUCUGUCGCAUUAUGCCAAUUUUCUCCAACGCGUGCGAGGCGAUACCAAUCGGGCGGAAGCGUACUACGUCCGAUGCAUGGCGGACUUUCCCCUUCACGCAAGCAACCUUGGCAACUAUGCAAACUUUCAGCGAUAUGCAAAGGACGACCUAGCCAACGCCGAAGCUACGUUUGUCAAAGCUCUGAAAGUGGACCCUACCCACGUCAACAACCUAUGUACGUUGACUUUGAAUGCAAACGUCAAGUUGUAUUGUGUAUGGUUAUAUGUGACAGCGCAAUACGCGUCGUUGCUGAGUGAAAUGGGCAAACUCGAGCAUGCUGACGCCAUGUACCAAAAGGCCAUGCACAUGGACAAGGAUAACGUCACUAUUUGUGGCAAUUACGCCAACCUGCUCGUGAAGCGACACAAGUUGUCGGCGGCGAAAGAAUUGUACCUCAAAGCCAUGGCGCUGGACAGGGAGAACCUCCAUGCCCAACAAAACUAUGCUCUUUUCUUGCGAGACCAUCCAUCGAUGCGAACGGGCGAAACGCGGCCAAUCAAGAUGCACCCACGAGACCGAUGGGUGCAGCUCAAACAGGACACGUCACUCUUAGUCAAAGCGUCCACUGCGUUCCGCAUCAAGUGACAGUCCCAACCGCCACACAACGAAGUCCAUAUAGCCUUGGACAGUGGUCGCGCGACUUUGUUAUUAACGUGGCGUAUGUAUUCUAUCGUAAAGUUAGUCGUGGAACACAGUAGUGUCCCUUGGCAAAUUCUCAACUGUUAGUUAUAUCAAGAAUUGUUGAGCUGCGUCAUUACCAGACUACUAGUAUUCGUUCUUAA